AUGUUUUCUGUAAUCAUGAUGAAAAACCAAAACAAGAAAAAAGUGUUUCUCUCAAUACAACAUAAGAUGACGAUUGAAACGAAUGCAUCUAUGAAAAUGAGCCACGAAUACGGGAUUUCGCAAGAUAUGGCGCAUAGAGAAUACAAUCUUUUAUCAAAUUUUGGGAAUAGAGGGGAGCACAUGAUGCAAUAUAAAAAUCGUAAAGGAUUUCUGAACGAUGACGUGGAAAAUUGCUUAUACACGUUGUUUUUGCAACAACAAGCAGUGGGGAAUCCAUUGACCAAUUCAUUGCAACAAGAAAAAGUGAUGAAGAUUUGUGGCGGAUACGGAUACUUCUUUGGUAGCAGAGGUUGCCUACGGAUUUUUAAAAAACGUUCUUAUAGGCAAAAAGCUAAUGAGGACAAAGCUGCAAAAAAAUUCGUAAAUAAUUUGACGAUAAACUGUAACGUAAAAGAGGAUAAAAAAAAACGUAUCGAAGAAGAGCAAAGAAGAACAGAUGAAGAAAAUAUAGAAUUCGAAAAAAAAUUAAAGAAAGGGCGGAUGCACGAGAAAGAAAGGAGAUUUGAAAUGGCGGAAGAGCAGUUAAUUGAAAAUUCAAAAUUAAGCUUUGUAGAAAAGAAGAAAGGAGAUUUAAAUACGUUGGAACAAAUUAUAAAAAAGUAUGCCAAUGAUGAUCAAACUGUAAUAGUAAUGGGUGAAACUAUAAGAAGAAUUCUUGAAAAUAAAAUAUUAUAA